AUGUUUGGCGCUUUUUUGGAAACUCAUGUGAAGCAAGAUGUUUUAACAUCUCUAAUAACCUCUACUCUACCAGGAUGGAAAUUUGACUCAAACCACAGCCCUCAUGCUGAGAAUGGUCGCAUAGUUGUGGUUUGGAAUCCCUCACUAUCUGUUGCUGUCUACUUCCGCUCUCCGCAGAUCAUGGUUUGUGGGGUUUUUGAUCCAGCUACCCAACAACACAUCUCCGUUUGUUUUGUCUAUGCUUUCAAUGAACGAGUAUCAGAGGCUUACUCCUUGCACCCUUCGGAUUUGUCGAUUGGAGGUAUGAGAGAUUUACAGGAAUGUCUUCAUGAGAGUGAGAUCUUUGAUCUAGCCUUCAGGGGAUGUUUCUAUACUUGGUCUAACAAAAGCCCUUCAAGCCCCCGAUCUAGAAAAUUGGACAGAGCUCUUAUCAAUGAGGCUUGGCUGGAAAAGUUUCCCAAUUCCCUAGCAAUCUUCGACCCGCCAGGAUCAUCAGACCACUCUCCUUGCAUUGUUCAAUGUGGCAAUGAACCUCCUCGAAGGAAUGUCAGAUUUACCUUCUUCACAUUCUUCACUUCUCACCCGGACAACAAUGAUCUGAUGAAGUUAGCCUGGACACUGCCGGUCUCAUCCUCUCCUCCUAUGGUAUCUCUUUAUCAGAAGCUCCGAGCAGCAAAGAUAUGCUGCAAAGGGAUAAACAGAACUGGCUUCAGCAACAUCGAAAAGAGAACCAAAGAAGCUCUUGAGAAACUCCAGGAAAUUCAAACUCAGAUUUUAACGACCCCUUCUCCGCAUCUGUUUCAAGCUGAAGCAAGUGCAAGAGACUCCUGGCUUCUCCUAGCAGCUGCUGAACAAAAUUUCUUCAAGCUUAAGUCCAGGGUUAGAUGGGAGACGAAGGGUGAUCUGAACACGGCUUUUUUUCACAAGUCUGUCAAAGCAAGCCUGGGUAGGAAUGUUAUACAUUUCCUAACUGAUGUGAAUAAUAGAAGAGUGUUUGAUAGACAGGAACUGAAGAAUAUGGUCAUACGGUUCUACACCUAUCUACAAGGAAGAUCCAAUGUGGCAGUCAUUCCCUACACAAUCGACUAUAUACGGGCAAUACAUCCAUAUCGCCAUGACUCCUCCAGAACUGAUAUUCUAGUGGCAAUACCUUCUGCAGAGGAGAUCAGAGAUAUUGUUUUGUCUUUACCUAAGUGUAAAGCACCGGGGCCAGACGGAUUCUCUUCUGAAUUCUUCAUCUCAUCUUGGGAUCUGGUGGGAAGGGAUUUAACUGCGGCAGUAAGGAGCUUCUUUCUUACUUCCUCUAUGCCUAGACAAACAAAUGCAACAGUGAUCUCUUUGAUUCCAAAGACAACUGGAGCGUCAUCCUUGUCCGACUUCAGACCUGUCUCGCUAUGCAACACAGUCUACAAAAUAAUCUCAAGGAUCUUAUCUGCAAGGCUGAAGACUAUUAUUCAAGAUACAGUUCAAAGGAACCAAGUGGGGUUUGUGAAAGGCCGAGCUCUUGGAGAUAAUGUUCUUCUUGCAUCUGAUUUAACCUCUUUUGUUCUCAUUUUUGUUGGUUGA